AUGCCAGGGAGCCUCUCCACGGCCCUGCGUGUCGUGGGGACCAGCCUCUUCGCCGUGGCGGUGCUGGGGGGAAUCCUGGCCGCCUACGUCACAGGGUACCAGUUCAUCCACACGGAGAAGCACUACCUCUCCUUCGGCCUCUACGGGGCCAUCCUGGGGCUGCACCUCUUCAUCCAGAGCCUCUUCGCCUUCCUGGAGCACCGGCGCAUGCGGGGCGAGGGGCAGCCGGUGCGGCCGGGGCGCUCCGUGGCCCUCUGCAUCGCCGCCUUCCAGGAGGACCCCGACUACCUGACGAAGUGCCUACGCUCCGUCAAGCGCAUCGCCUUCCCCGACCUCAAAGUGGUGAUGGUGGUGGACGGGAACGGCCCCGACGACACCUACAUGCUGGACAUCUUCCACGACGUGAUGGGCUCUGAGCACUCCGGCAGCUACAUCUGGAGGAGCAACUUCCACGCCUGGGGCGAGGGGGAGACGGAGGCCGGGCUGCGGGAAGGGCUGGCCCGAGUUCAGGCACUGGUCCGCAGCAACACCUACUCCUGCAUCCUCCAGAAGUGGGGCGGGAAGCGGGAGGUGAUGUACACGGCCUUCCGGGCGCUCGGAGACUCCGUGGACUAUAUCCAGGUGUGUGACUCAGACACGGUGCUGGACCCCGCCUGCACCGCCGAGAUGCUCCGCAUCCUGGAGGCCGACCCCCACGUCGGCGGCGUCGGCGGCGACGUCCAGAUCCUGAACAAGUACGACUCGUGGCUCUCCUUCCUGAGCAGCGUGCGGUACUGGAUGGCCUUCAACGUGGAGCGCGCGUGCCAGUCGUACUUCGGGUGCGUGCAGUGCAUCAGCGGCCCCCUGGGCAUGUACCGCAAUGCGCUGCUGCAGCAGUUCCUCGAGGACUGGUACCACCAGACCUUCCUGGGCAGCAAGUGCAGCUUCGGGGACGACCGGCACCUCACCAACCGCGUGCUCAGCCUGGGCUACCGGACCAAGUACACGGCUCGCUCCAAGUGCCUGACAGAGACGCCCACGCGGUACCUGCGCUGGCUCAACCAGCAGACCCGCUGGAGCAAGUCCUACUUCCGCGAGUGGCUCUACAACGCGCUCUGGUUCCACAAGCACCACCUCUGGAUGACCUACGAGUCGGUGGUCACCGGCUUCUUCCCCUUCUUCCUCAUUGCCACCGUCAUCCAGCUCUUCUACCGCGGCCGCGUCUGGAACAUCCUCCUGUUCCUGCUGACGGUGCAGCUGGUGGGCGUCAUCAAGGCCACCUACGCCUGCUUCCUGCGCGGCAGCGCCGAGAUGAUCUUCAUGUCCCUCUACGCCCUCCUCUACAUGUCCAGCCUGCUGCCCGCCAAAAUCUUCGCCAUUGCCACCAUCAACAAGUCGGGCUGGGGCACCUCAGGGCGCCGCACCAUCGUGGUGAACUUCGUGGGGCUGCUGCCAGUGUCGGUGUGGGUGGCGGUGCUGCUGGGCGGGCUGGCCUACACCGCCUACAGCCAGGACCUCUUCAGCGAGACUGAGGUGGCCUUCCUUGUCUCAGGUGCCAUCCUCUACGCCUGCUACUGGGUGGCCCUGCUCACCCUCUACCUGGCCAUCGUUGCCCGCCGCUGCGGCAAGAGGCAGGAGCAGUGUGGGCUGGUCUUCACUGAGGUCUGA